ACUGGGUGCAGAUCAUCGCAUCGAGUAGAAGCCGUUCCAAUUUGAGAAAGCAUUUAAAAUCCGAAGCAAAUUUUCCACUGCCGACGAGCACAAUCUAAGCAAUAUGUCGAUCAUCAGGCGGAGCAACGUCUUCGACCCCUUCUCCCUCGACGUCUGGGAUCCUUUCCAGGGCUACCCUUUCGACACCUUCAGCUCCCUCGCGGAGUCUCGCCCCGGCUUCGUGAGCGAGACCUCCGCCUUCGCCAACACCCGCAUCGACUGGAAGGAGACCCCGGAGGCGCACAUCUUCAAAGCCGACCUCCCCGGGGUUAAGAAAGAGGAGGUGAAGGUGGAGGUAGAGGAGGACAGGGUCCUCCAGAUCAGCGGCGAGCGCAGCAAGGAGAAAGAGGAGAAGAACGACAAGUGGCACCGCGUCGAGAGGAGCAGCGGAAAAUUCCUCCGGCGGUUCCGGCUGCCGGAGGACGCCAAGGUGGAACAGGUGAAAGCAUCGAUGGAAAACGGGGUUUUAACGGUGACCGUGCCCAAAGAGGCGGUGAAGAAGCCCGAGAUGAAGUCCAUUGAGAUAUCUGGCUGAAGUGCGAAAAUCUGGGUCCGAAAGUAUAGAGACGUAGUAUUCUCCUUGAAUAAGGCCAUGGAGAUCGCCAGGUGCCAUGUUGCCAAAAGUGUGCGCUUCCUGUUUUUUUUUUUUUGCCUUUCUAAGGGCUGGUCAUCGGCGUGUAAUUAUAGUGUUUGCCGAGUAAAGAUUGUUUUGGUUUUGUCUUGGUACUGUACGGUUGCCUUUUUAAUAUAAUGGAAAAUAAUCUGUGCUUUCCGAAUAUCA